AUGCACUCAUCCGAUGACGAGAACACGGUCCCUGAAAAACGGCACCGUUGGAAGAAAUGCCCUAUCUGCUGGGACUCUGUGUAUAUCUCUGAGACUCGACCUGUCAGGUGGUUCCGUGGUCAAGAAGGGGAUCUUCCCGUCGAAGGCGGUGAUGUUGUAUUGAGACUCGUAAAGCGAGAGUCAGGCAGUACUCUUGCUCUGCCUCGUGAUGGAUCUGAGACACUUGGUCCAGGCGAGGAUGUUCCGUGGUAUCAUGUGGCAGAAGUUGCCGACUAUGCUCGAAUUAUGAAAGGUGGCGAAGAAUAUAUGACCGCUCAGCAUGAUGCUGAGAUCGAAGACCUCCACAGGCAGGAAGUGGAAGAUGAGCUUCUCUUUGGUGACGAGAAUACUUGGACCCGAAAAGCAAUUGGUUAUAUCAAGGAUGCCAAAGAAAAGCUGAAAGGAAUUGGCAAUCCGCCCGAGGUCCGGCCAGUCAAGGAACACACUAUUGCACUUACGCCAGCUACAUCAGAUAAAACGGAUAAUCUCUCUAGAACCUUAGACAGAGUCCAACUCGAUGCUGAACCGAAUGCCAAAGGCAAAGAGAAAGGCCGCAGCAAGCAAACGCCAGUAUCUUCCGGGCCAGAUCAACCAUAUCACUUCUAUCAGGCUUUACCUCAGUUCUACCUCUCGUCCUUGGAUAUUCGCAUCCUCAAGGCAGCAUUCGGAGACUACUCUCUUUUCCCUGCAACCAUCUUACCGCGAGUGGAGCACAUCUCAACAGGCCACAUCGUGGAUGAUGAGCUUCGCAAGCGAGUAAAAUACCUCGGACAUCUUCCGCAGGGAUGUGAGGUUAGCUUCCUGGAGUGCGACUGGAGAGACGUGGUUGUCCCCGAGGUUUUGGGCCGUUUUCGCUCAGAGACCGAUAGACGCCGAAAGCGUAACCGGGAAAAAGAAGCCCGUGAGGAAAAGGAUCGCAUUCGCGCGGAGAAGGAAGAGGACGAUAAACGGUGGGCUUCCGCUCGGCGCAAGCGGCCAAGCAUUGGAAGUGGCAGCGUCAGUGAAGCUCCAUUCUCUGCUCAUGACUUCCAACCACUUCCUCGCAACGUGGAUUUUGACACCGCCGCCGCCGCCUCCUCGGCUUCUCCUCCACGCUCAUCGUCUGGUUUUGGAGCAUUGGCUUCUCCUUCCACCAGUCCCCCAGGUAUCCGCACUGUCUGGGGCACAACGGCAGUGGGUUCACCAUCACUAAGCUUUGAGGCUCAACGAGCCAUACACAGUGACGGGUGGCGGCAGGGCUGGGAGGAAGAGCUCUUUGCCCAGCAGGAAUCUGAUAUCCUCGCUCAGACGGCAUCUGGAGACCAAAAUUCCCAUCCUGGAUCAUCUUCCAGUAUGGGUAAAAAAAAGAAGAAAAACAAAACCAAGAUCACCUUAAUGGCCACUAGCAGCCAAAGGGGGGCAUAG